GAUGGAGCCGAUGGUGGCGGAGAUGGAGGGGAUGCAGCAGAUGCGAGUGGAGGAGAUGGAGCAGGUGGAGCUUUCGCCCCUGGAGUCGGUGGAGCCGGUCGUGCACCUGGUGGUGGCGCCGCUUUCGCUCCUGGCGGUGGCGCCGCUUUCGCUCCUGGCGGUGGCGCCGCUUUCGCUCCUGGUGGUGGCGCCGCUUUCGCCCCCGGUGGACAUGGUGGAGCUUACGCCCCUGCUGGAGGCUCAUCGGGUAAUGGAGGUGCUGGAGCUGGUUACGGUGGCGCAUGUAACGACGGAGACUCCGGGAAUUGUGAUGGAGACUCUGGUGAGCAUGCCGCAGGAUAUGUCGGAGCUGCUGCACCUGUUCCUGGUUAUGCACCAGCUCCCCAUGCACCGGCACCUCAUAUGCCAGCAGCUGCUCCUCUACCUCCUGCAGCCGCGCCCGCUCCUCCAGGAUUCGCCCCACCUCCUGCCCAAGCUCCAUACGCACCUUCACCACCCGUGUACAGCCCACCGGUUUACGCACCAAGUGCGCCAGUUCCAGCAGCCCCACGAGCACCCGUCCCAGCACCUCGAGCACCAAUUCCUGCCCCAGCUCCAGCUCCGGCUCCUGCUCCAGCCCCUGCACCUGCUCCGGCACCCGCACCAGCACCCGCACCCGGAGCUCCAGAUGGCAGUGGAGAAAACGGUAACGGUGGUGGUGACAACGGUGGCGAUAACGGCGAUAACGGUGAUAACGGCGAUAACGGCGACAAUGGAGAUAACGGUGACAAUGGGGAUAACGGCGAUAACGGCAGCGGUGCUGAUAACGGAAACGGAGGAGACAACGGUGGAAGUUGUGACGCUCAGGGGAUUGGCGGCAAUGCUUGUAACGCAGCUUAAGGAACUUGUGCUGAGCUGACUACGUAGGAAGCAAGCAAACAAGGCGGUCAAGGUGGUGAAUUAUUCCACGCCAACUAGCAACCAGUUGUACCUAUAGUCAGGUCGACUUUGUAACUAUUUAUUGUAUUAUUUAUUAUAUUUAUUUAUUAUCGUCGUUCCAUAGCAUGGUCCGACGAUUAAAAUGAAGAAACAAACGUUUCUGAGUGGUUGUUCACUUUAAAAACUGCAAUUUUGAAUUAUUCUUAUUACGUCUUAUUGUGAACUGAAGCAUUCAUUGAAUGAUAAGUUUUGUGUACCUUAGGUAACGAAUGA